AUGGAGACGAGUUUUGUGGCGUUUAUCUUAAUUUCGCUCAUCUUUCACACACCGUGGCUUGCCUCUGCUAAUCUGGAAGGUGAUGCCUUGCAUACAUUGAGGGUCACUCUAGGUGAUCCGAACAAUGUCUUGCAGAGCUGGGAUCCUACGCUUGUGAAUCCUUGCACAUGGUUUCACGUCACUUGCAACAACGAGAACAGCGUCAUAAGAGUUGACUUGGGAAAUGCAGAUUUGUCUGGCCAUUUAGUUCCAGAGCUUGGUGUGCUCAAGAAUUUACAGUAUUUGGAGCUUUACAGUAACAACAUAACAGGCCCAAUUCCUAGUAAUCUUGGAAAUCUGACAAACUUAGUGAGCUUGGAUCUUUACUUAAACCGCUUCUCCGGUCCCAUUCCAGAAUCACUGGGAAAGCUUUCAAAGCUGAGAUUUCUCCGGCUUAACAACAACAGUCUCACUGGUUCUAUUCCCAUGUCACUCACCAAUAUCACCACCCUUCAAGUGUUAGAUCUAUCAAAUAACAAACUCUCUGGUUCAGUUCCUGACAAUGGCUCCUUCUCACUCUUCACACCCAUCAGUUUUGCUAAUAACUUAGACCUUUGUGGACCUGUUACAAGUCACCCCUGUCCUGGAUCUCCUCCAUUUUCUCCUCCGCCACCUUUUAUUCCACCUCCACCAGUUUCCACCCCAAGUGGGUACGGCAUAACUGGAGCAAUAGCUGGUGGAGUUGCCGCAGGUGCUGCAUUGCUCUUUGCUGCUCCUGCAAUAGCCUUUGCUUGGUGGCGUCGUAGAAAGCCACUCGACAUUUUCUUCGAUGUUCCUGCCGAAGAAGAUCCAGAGGUUCAUCUAGGACAACUAAAGAGGUUUUCUUUACGGGAGCUACAAGUGGCGAGCGACGGGUUUAGCAACAAGAACAUCUUGGGCAGAGGAGGGUUUGGGAAAGUCUACAAAGGACGUUUAGCAGACGGCACUCUAGUUGCUGUCAAGAGACUAAAGGAAGAGAGAACUCCAGGCGGAGAGCUUCAGUUUCAAACAGAAGUAGAGAUGAUAAGCAUGGCCGUUCAUCGAAACCUCUUGAGGUUAAGAGGCUUCUGCAUGACACCUACAGAGAGAUUGCUCGUUUAUCCUUACAUGGCCAAUGGAAGCGUCGCUUCAUGCCUCAGAGAGAGACCACCGUCACAGCCGCCGCUGGAUUGGCCAACGAGGAAGAGAAUAGCGUUAGGCUCAGCUCGAGGUUUGUCUUACUUACACGACCACUGCGAUCCGAAGAUCAUUCACCGCGACGUGAAAGCAGCGAACAUUCUGUUGGAUGAAGAGUUCGAAGCGGUGGUUGGUGACUUCGGACUGGCGAAGCUGAUGGACUACAAAGACACACACGUGACAACAGCCGUCCGUGGCACGAUAGGUCACAUCGCUCCUGAAUAUCUCUCCACCGGGAAGUCAUCGGAGAAGACAGACGUUUUCGGUUACGGAAUCAUGCUUCUUGAGCUGAUCACAGGACAGAGAGCUUUCGAUCUCGCUCGGCUAGCAAAUGAUGACGACGUCAUGUUGCUUGACUGGGUGAAAGGGUUAUUGAAGGAGAAGAAGCUAGAGAUGUUAGUGGAUCCGGAUCUUCAGACGAACUAUGAGGAGAGAGAGCUGGAACAGGUGAUUCAAGUGGCGUUGCUUUGUACGCAAGGAUCUCCGAUGGAGAGGCCAAAGAUGUCGGAGGUUGUGAGGAUGCUUGAAGGGGAUGGGCUUGCGGAGAAAUGGGACGAGUGGCAGAAAGUUGAGAUUUUGAGGGAAGAGAUUGAUUUGAGUCCUAAUCUUAACUCUGAUUGGAUUGUUGAUUCUACUUACAAUUUGCACGCUGUUGAAUUGUCUGGUCCAAGAGAGAAGAAGAAGAAGAUGAGUAACAGAGAGAUGAAUAAUCCAGGAGGGGAAGAAGAAGACGAGGGAGAGAUUUUCCUCGGUGAAUCCGAUGUCCUCCAUGAAAUCGAUGUCGACGGAGAAGAUCUUCCUGACGCAGAUUUUGACGAUGAUGAUGAUGACAACGAUGGCGAAGAAUUUGAUGAAAACGAUGACUCAAUUCACACAUUCACUGGUCACAAAGGUGAGCUUUAUGCACUAGCUUGUAGCCCAACAGAUCCUACGCUAGUUGCAACUGGAGGUGGAGACGACAAAGGCUUCCUCUGGAAAAUCGGCAACGGAGAUUGGGCUGCUGAGCUUCCAGGUCACAAAGACUCCGUCUCUUCUCUAGCUUUUAGCUACGAUGGACAGUUACUUGCAUCCGGAGGCUUAGACGGCGUCGUUCAGAUCUUUGACGCUUCAUCAGGAGCUUUGAAAUGCGUCUUGGACGGUCCUGGUGGUGGAAUCGAGUGGGUGAAGUGGCAUCCGAGAGGGCAUAUUGUGUUGGCUGGAUCAGAAGAUUGUUCAAUGUGGAUGUGGAAUGCUGAUAAAGAGGCUUAUCUCAAUAUGUUCUCUGGUCACAACCAAAGUGUCACUUGCGGUGACUUCACACCUGAUGGCAAACUAAUUUGUACUGGCUCUGAUGAUGCGAGUUUGAUAGUGUGGAACCCGAAAACUUGUGAAAGCAUUCAUGUGGUUAAAGGUCAUCCGUAUCAUACGGAAGGUUUGAUAUGUUUGGACAUUAACUCGAGCUCAAGUCUCGCUAUCAGUGGCUCCAAAGACGGUUCUGUUCACAUUGUGAAUAUAGUCACAGGAAAGGUUGUGAGCUCUCUGGCUUCACAUACAGAUUCGGUUGAAUGUGUGAAGUUUUCACCGAGCUCUGCAACCAUUCCUAUGGCUGCAACUGGUGGAAUGGACAAGAAGCUUAUCAUCUGGGAUCUGCAACAUUCGACUCCGAGGUUCAUCUGCGACCACGCGGAAGGUGUUACAUGCGUGACUUGGAUAGGAACCUCCAAGUACUUAGCCACUGGCUGCGCAGACGGUACAGUGAGCGUUUGGGACAGCUUAUUAGGCAACUGCGUCCAUACCUUCCAUGGCCACCAAGACGCGGUCCAAGCCAUCUCAGUCUCUACAAACACGGACUUCAUUGUUUCCGUCUCUGUGGAUAACACUGCUCGUGUCUAUGAGACAUCUGAGUACCAAAACGAAGUCGCAUAG